GUAUGGUCAGCGGUUGCAUCAACUUGAGCAAGCAUGUGUUGAUUAUAGUGGAUUUAUUAAUUAUGUGAAAGACACAUGGUUGACUCCACAUAGGCAUAGAUUUGUUGGAGCAUGGAUUAAUCGAGUCCUACAUUUGGGUAACACAACGACUAAUCGGGUUGAAUCUGCUCAUUGGAAGUUAAAGCAGAUGUUAGGAAACAGUAUAGGUGACAUGGUCAAAUGUUGGGAAGCCAUGAAUAACAACUUGAGGUUACAACUGGGAAACAUUAGAGCUUCAUUUCAAAAGAGUUUUUACGAAGUUGAGAACGCGCACGUAAGUCCCUUUUAUGGUUAUUUGCGUGGUUCCGUAUCUCGAGCUGCUUUGAGACGUAUUGCUGAAGAGUUAUUGAGAGUUGAUUAUGUUGGAACUAACAGGCAAAUAUGUGGUUGUACUCUUAGAACAUCUUAUGGGUUACCUUGUGCUUGUGAGUUAGGAAGAUACAGAGUAGGUGGUAUACCGAUACCCAUUGAUGUUGUUCAUGUUCAUUGGAGGAAACUAACUAUGGAAGUUGAGUUAGAGAUAGGUGAAGAUGAUGGAUCAGAGGUGGAUAUGACAGCUGCAAUGGAUGAGUUGUGGAGACGAUUUAGGUCAUUAGAUGUUGUUGGGAAAAGGGCAUUAAGGAGUAGGGUAUGUGAACUAGCAUACCCAACAAUGACAACAUUGUGUCCACCACCUGAGAAAAUAAAAACCAAAGGAGGAGUGAAGAAGAAAGGGAAAAAACCAGCAGAUUAUGAUGUUUAUAGGGACCCUUCGUAUCAUGAGUAUGUUGAUAAGGCAUCUCAAUCUUCACAAAGGCAAUCUCAACCAUCACAGACUUCGAAGAAGAUCAAAUUAUCAAAGAAGCAACCACAAUUCAUUGUUCAAUUUCCUAAUCAUAUUAGGUCAUACAUUGAAGAUGUAGUUAAUGUUGAAUCAGAUGGUAAUUGUGGAUUUAGAGUCAUUGCAUCAUUGCAUGGAUAUGGUGAGGAUGGUUGGUCAAUGGUUCGCAGAGAGUUGGGGUUGGAAUUAAUAGACAAGGAUAGGUCAACUUUGUAUGACAAGUUAUUUUCUAAUCGGUUGUCAGCUGUGAGAGAAUCUUUGAUGAUAGAAUCGUUUGGUUCACAGCCACCUGAAAAAUGGAUGAGUCUACCAGAUAUGGGUUACUUGAUAGCCAAUCGUUAUAAUGUUGUACUUGUCUGUUUAGGCAAUCCGUGCAUCACUUUCUUUCCGAUGACAAGUUCACAUUCACCAAAUGUCUCUAUUUAUUGCAUUGGUUUUGUUAACCAGAAUCAUUGGGUUCAGGUAUGUAUUUAUAUGUCUAAAUAUUUUAAUUAUUCCAGUUAA